AUGAGAGUCGCGCCGCUCCUAGCAUUAUCCUCCUCCGUCCUAGCCGCCGACUGGGCGAGCGAGUCGUGGGAUGCCAUCGUCGUCGGCGCCGGCACAGCCGGCAUCAUUGUCGCCGACAGACUGAGCGAAGCCGGGCUCAAGACGCUGCUCCUGGAGCAGGGCGGCAAGUCUUACGGCAUUGUCGGCGGUCGCGAGGGACCCGCGUGGCUCAACGGCACGGACCUCAGCAGGGUCGACGUCCCCGGCCUGUUUUCCUCCAUUUUCCGCGGCAAGUCCAGCCUGCUCUGCUCGCCCGACCAGGUGUCCGCCUUCCAGGCCUGCACCGUCGGGGGCAACAGCGCAAUCAACGCCGGCCUGCACUUCCAGCCGCCCGCCUCCGACUGGGACAACUACUUUCCCCCCGGGUGGCACGCCGCCGACGUGCAGCCCUCCGUCGCCAAGCUGCUGCGCCGCCAGCCCCCCCUGACGCACUACUCCCCCGACGGCAAGUUCUAUAUCCAGAGCGGCUACAAGGCCGUGCACGACUGGAUCGUCGGCUCGGCCGGCUACAAGAAUGUCUCGCUGCUCGACACCAUCAACGACAAGGAGCGCGUGUUCGGCCGCCCCGCCUACAACUUCAUCGACGGCCAGCGCGGCGGCCCGACCCGAACGUACCUCCAGAGCGCUCUCGCCCGCUGCAACUUCCGCCUCGUCAUAGGCGCCAGCGUCAAGUACGUCGAGCAGAGGAACGGCGUGGCGACCGGCGUGACCAUCUCCCACGACGGCACCAUCAAGACCAUCAAACUCGCCCGAGGGGGGCGCGUGGUCCUCAGCGCCGGCGCCAUGCUCUCCCCCAAGAUCCUCAUGUACUCUGGUAUCGGGCCGCGUGAGAAGCUCGCCAAGCUUGCCGGCCAAAGGUUCACGCCGUACGUCGAACCGUCCUCGUGGGUCGUCCAGCCCCAGGUCGGCAGCGGGCUCUUUGACAACCCCAACACCUUCAUCGUGCUUUCGUCGCCCGACGUCCAGUCUUACGUCUACAAGUACGACGACCCGGACCCCAAGGACCGCGACCUGUAUCUCAACGGCCGGCGCGGUCCCUAUAGCUUGGCAGGCCAGACCUCCGUCUUCUGGACAUACGUUAACCACACCGACGGCACGCGCUCCGGAGUCCAAGGCACCGUCUCCUCGUCCGGAUUUGCGGAGUUCACGGGCGCCAACACCAUAACGCUCAACAUCUACGGCACCUCGGGCCUCCUCUCUUCUGGCAGCGUCGAGCUCUCGGACGGCAACUUUGUCGCCAAGCCCAGCUCGGGCAUCUACUACGGCCACCCGCGCGACGCGCAAACCAUAGCAAGCUUCAUCCACUCCCUGUUCCAGCGCCUUCCCCCCUCAACGCCCAACUCCCCGGCCAAGUCGGGUCUCACCCCCCUUAACCUGGCCCAGAACUCGACCCUCGACGAAAUCGUCAAAUACAUCACCACGCCGUCUGCCUACGCCGUGGGAUCCGUCCAGCAUUGGUCCAGCUCUUGCCGGAUAGGCAAGUGCGUCGACAAAGACACAAAGGUGCUGGGUACCAGCAACAUUCACGUUGUCGACGCUUCCAUUCUGGAGCCCGUGACGGUCAACCCCCAAUUUGCCGUCAUGGUUGCCGCGGAAAAGGGAGCCGAGAGAAUACUGGCCUCCAUGAGAGGGAGGCCGAGGACGAGAAAGGCCCGAAAUUGA